AAAUAAUUUGAGUUGUAAGUGAGUGGUAAAACGUCAUGACGAUAACGAUCAUCAUUUUGACGACCCUACUGUGGUCAUCAGUCAAAGGUAAUUGGGGACCAGUCGUACGUGGCGUGGAAAUAGAGUGGGAUCUUGAGUCGACACCUUUAGAAAUUAGCACUAAUAGUGAGCUGGGGAGCGGCGAUAAGGUGAGAGUGUUCUUCUACUCAGCUGACAACAAGUAUGCAGGAACACUCUUGCUCAACUUCCUCUCUACUGUACAAUACGAACUUUCAUGGUGUGAUAGCCCAAUGACUCCCUUUGAUAAUGAUCUCCCCUCUGCUAUUGACAAAGUGUGGCGUAUCACACUAACCAGGACUGCAGGUGUUAGACUAGUGAUACACUGUAAUGAGGUGGAGGUGCUCAACAUACUGCUCUCUGAAACGUGUAGUGACAAUGACUGGAGCACGUACUGGAACAGGGACGUGGCAAAGAUAAAGUUCGAAUCCACCGACACAGCAUCUGAUUACUACGGAACAAAACCAGAAGAUUGUCCUGCGGGCCAGUUUCUGCAGCUGGCAUAUCUGUACUGUACAGAGUGUCCGGCAGAUGAAUGGAGUGCACCAAACAUAGAUCCUACCUGCACUGCCUGUCCAACUGGAAAAGGGGUAGCCUCUGGAGCAGGAACACAAGAAAGUGACUGCACAUGGAACGAUUGUGCUGAGGGCCAGUUUCUGGAUCAGACAACUGGCUGUACAGACUGUCCGGCAGAUGAAUGGAGUGCACCAGCAAACACAGAUCCUACCUGCACUGCCUGUCCAACUGGAAAAGGGGUAGCCUCUGGAGCAGGAACACAAGAAAGUGACUGCACAUUCAAAGAAGAUGAACAGGGAGACAACCAAAACUACUCUGAUGCAGCAGCCCUGAAAGUCAGCUUAAUUUUCCUCGUCGUUCUCCCAUGUUUGCUGUAAAUAUGAGCAUCUAAAAUUGUUGUGGGCUUGAAUGGUUCUACGGUACAAAACACUAUUUUAACAUGGUGUUUUAUCGGGAUGUGAUAGAAAAAUAACAACUCAAAAACCCUGACGAAUCUAUAAAUUUGUAAUCUAUAAUUAAACUUUUGAUAUUUAAAAUUUUAAUAUUUUAGACAACUUUUAAUGCUUUAAUAAAAAAUAAAACUAAAAGAAAGAGACUGCGAUUCAGUAAUUAUUGAUAUUCAUUAUAUGUUUAUUCAGAAUACUUAUUAUAUUUAUUGUAAUAUACAUUUUUUUCCCGAUCCAUGACUCUUGUGUCAGGACUAGGAACGUGAA